CCUGCUGACCACGCCCCCACUUCCGCUCCUGCGCAUUGGAGCUGUAGGGGAACCACGCUGCCCGGAGGACAUGGCUACUUCCAGGUUACCCCCGGCGACUCUAACACUAAAGCAGUUCAUGAGAAGGCAACAAGUUCUACUUCUCUACAGAAGGAUUUUGCAAGCAAUUCGGCAAGUUCCAAAUGAUUCUGAUCGCAAAUACCUGAAGGACUGGGCAAGGGAAGAAUUCAAAAGAAACAAAGGUGCCACGGAAGAGGAUACAAUCCGGAUGAUGAUUACUCAAGGCAAUAUGCAGCUCAAGGAGUUAGAAAAAACACUUGCUUUGGCAAAAUCUUAACUGUAGUAUUAUCCUGAAAGAUUUUCAAAGUCUCCA